AUGGUGCAAUCCCGGCCCCGAGCGCAUCAGGCGGCGGGUUGGCUCAGGUUUGCAUCACCCGGGCCGGCCCGAGCCCGGCGCCCGGUGACCCCGGACACCUGCGUGGGAAGCGCGGCGGCUCCGCACCCUGAGGUCGUGGGGGGCCGAGGCCGGAGCCCGCACGGACCUCGGAGCUCCGAGACGCCGAGCUCGGGCUGCUGCGCUGCACGAGGAGAGAUGCCAGCCACUCCCCUGGCAGCUCCGACGGGCCCUCCCUCCAGGAAGAAGCAGCUGACGUUGGACGAUGACCUGGAUGCUCAGGGUCCCCCCCGGAAGCAAGCUCGAAGUGGACCCCAGCCCAGGCUGCCCCCCUGCCCUCUGCCCCUGAGCCCACCCCCUGCGCCAGCCCGUGCCCCCGCUGUGACCACUCCCUCCCGGCUGGGGCCCUAUGUCCUCCUGGAACCCGAGGAGGGCGGCCGGGCCUACCGGGCCCUGCACUGCCCCACAGGCACCGAAUACACCUGCCAGGUGUACCCGGCCUGCGAGGGCCCCAAGGUGCUGGCGCCCUACGCGCGGCUGCCCCCGCACCCGCACGUGGCGCGGCCCGCGGCGGUGCUGGCGGGCGCCCGCCGCCUCUACGCCUUCUUCCCGCGGCCCCGCGGCCACCUGCACGGCCUGGUGCGCCUUCGCCGCCUGCCCGAGCCCCAGGCCGCCGCGCUCUUCGGCCAGAUGGCGGCCGCCGUGGCGCACUGCCACCGGCACGGCCUGGUCCUGCGGGACCUCAAGCUGCGGCGCUUCGUCUUCACCGACAGCGAGAGGACCCAGCUGGCGCUGGAGAACCUGGAGGACGCCUGCGUGCUGACCGGGCCGGACGACUCGCUGUGGGACAAGCACGCGUGCCCGGCCUACGUGGGACCCGAGAUCCUCAGCUCCCGCGCCUCCUACUCGGGCAAGGCGGCGGACGUCUGGAGCCUGGGCGUGGCGCUCUUCGCCAUGCUGGCCGGCCGCUACCCCUUCCAGGACUCCGAGCCCGCCCUGCUGUUCCGCAAGAUCCGCAGGGGGACCUACGCCCUGCCCCGGGACCUCUCCGCCCCCGCCCGCUGCCUGCUGCGCUGCCUGCUCCGCCGCGAGCCGGCGGAGCGUCUCCCGGCCUCGGCGAUCCUGCUGCACCCCUGGCUGCGAGGGACCCUGGCCCCCCCAGGCCCACCCCGAGCCCCCCUCUGGGAGGCUGACCAGGUGGUCCCCGAAGCGCCGGGGCUGGAGGACGCUGAGGCAGAGGAGGGAGAAAGGGAAGAGGGCCUGUAUGGCUAGGACCACCCACCCGACGCUCAGCUGUGAACUGUGGGUUGAGUCUGGGGCGUCCCCGAGCUCCCUCCUGCCUCUCUGAACUGAGAUAAACCCUACGUGCCUUCUGGGAGGGAGAAAAGGGGAGGCGUGCUGACGUGUGCUGUAGGCACGCCCGUGUGGCUCGCACGCCUGUGCACACGGGCUGGUGCAUUCCACACGUCUUUGUGGGGAGCUCGCUGUGCGCCUUGCCCCAGGUGCUGAGAACGCAGCUGUGGACGGAGACAGCACUCCUGCCCGCGGGGCUGUCCGUGCUCCUCCUGCCCACAGGCCAGCGUCUGCCCUGGGCGGGGCGCUCACGGACAGUCCCUUCCAGACCCACCGCGGCCUUCGUAUGCCGCGCCUCUGAGAGGAAGGGCAGCGUCCGUGCCAAAGCCUCAGGCCCCUUCCCUGCGCCUCCGGCCCCGAGCCCAGGCCCCGCUGCGAACUCGGCUCCGGCAGCCGCGUCCUCUGGGCCAGAGGAGCCUCUGUCCAGGCCGGAGCCACGGAUCUGGGCGGGAAGACCGAGAGUCCAAACCGUGAGGCGGGUCCUCAUCCAGCUCAAGGAGUGGUUUGGAAUGAGGGUCCAGGCCUGCCCGUCUCAGCAGCCCGUGACCUGAGCUGCUGCCUGGAGUCGGGACGGGAUUAGGUGGGGUCUGCCCCUGGCCUCCUGCAAAGGCCUAAGUCCAGUUCUGGGGACUCUUGGGGUCCCGAACCCCACAUCAGCAUAGGUUUAUAUAGGUUUGGGAUGCUCUGAGUAUAUAUUUUUACCUUGUGCCUAAUAAAGGAGCUAUGGAAUACG